UCUCUUUUAAAUGGUAGUAAUUAGGUGUGCUAAAAUGGAAUCCCCCAACACCACAUUUGAUAAUUCACACAACUCUGAAGAAAGGGAAGUAGGAAGAAGAACAGAUAAAAGGAAGCAAAUUGAUGGUGAAGUUAAAGAAUACAAAUCCAAGAACCUUAAGGCUGAGAGAAAUAGGCGUCAAAAACUUAGCGAAAGGCUUCUUCAAUUACGCUCAUUGGUCCCAAACAUAACAAAUGCAAUGAAUCAAAACCCUUCAUUCUUUACAUAAUUUCAUAAAGAACGAAUUUUUAACCUUUUUUUUCUAAAAAAGUUCAAAUUCUUGUCUGAUUUCAGAUGACUAAAGAAACCAUAAUCACUGAUGCCAUCACUUACAUUAGGGAGCUACAAAUGAAUGUGGACAACCUAAGUGAGCAGCUUCUUGAAAUGGAGGCAACUCAUGGGGAGGAACCGGAGACAAAAAAUGAAGAGAUUAUUGAUACUGCAGAGGAGAUGGGUAAAUGGGGCAUAGAGCCUGAAGUUCAAGUGGCUCACAUUGGCCCAACUAAGCUUUGGAUAAAAAUAGUCUGCCAAAAGAAAAGAGGUGGAUUAACUAAACUGAUGGAGGCAAUGAAUGUUCUUGGAUUUGAUAUUAAUGACACCAGUGCCACUGCCUCUAAAGGAGCUAUUCUUAUUACUACAUCUGUGGAGGUGGUUCGAGGUGGACUAACUGAGGCUAAUCGAAUCAGAGAGAUCUUGCUGGAGAUCAUCCACGGAAUCUACUAGCACCAGCAUGAAAUCCCCUAAUAACUAAAGUCUCAUUGGAGAAAUGCCAGAGUACCUCUAAUUUUUAGUUAUGGUGUCAAAAAAGGAUUCAAUCAUGUUUUCGAAAUAUUGUAUCCAAAAAAGAGCU